AAUAUUAGAGAGAAGGGACCGAACCAAUCCCGUAUCUGUUUUCUCGCCACACACUUUCACGCUCUUAUCUCACCCUCCUCCUCCUCCUUCCUCUUCCUCUUCUUCUUCUUCUUCUUCUUCUUCUUCUUCUUCUACAUUAAUACCCACAAAAAAAAAACAUCUUCUCAUGCUUCAGAUCUGAAUUAACAUUCUUUCUCCCUUCAAGAUCGGAUUUUUUUUCCUUUGUUAGCUUUUUUAUCGCCAUAGCUCACCUUGCAUUUGAAGCUGUACAGUUAACCUUAAGAUCUGGAAUCUGAUUUCAGUCCUCUGUUUCAGAGAGUUGUAAUAACCCUCCCUGACCUGUCCAGGCUUUCUCCUUAAGAAAUUGUCGGAUCCGAAGGAGAAGUUUUGUAAUGAUCCUCGAAAAUAUCCCUACUUUUUUUUGUCCUAUUUCGCUUCCUCCGCCGAGGCGUUUCGUUUCAGGGAACAGACCACUAUUCAAAAUUUGCAGAUCUGUUGCCCAUUUCUUCAAAUUAUGAAAUUAAUCCAUUUUUUAAUCCAUGGAUCGUGAUGAACAGGUAAUAAUUUUUUUCGAGUUAUUUAUUCAAAAGAGAACGGAGAGAGAUGAACCACUGGGCCGUACAACCAAACGCGUUCGCGACAGGGGAGGGCAUGAGGAGCUCCGUUACGGUUCUGGAGCGGGACCAGACCGUUAUCUGUCCGAAGCCACGCCGUGUCGGUCUCGUCCGUAACUCCACCGCCUUGCCCGACCAUCCUGUUCGAUCUCUGAGAUGUCACUUCAGCCACCAGCUGGAGCUAUGUGAACCAAAACCAGAAAUCGAUAUAUUGGAUUUCAUCCUGAAAAAGGAAGAUGGAUUUGGCGAAGAAGGAGAAGUUCAUGCGAAAGUGUUAGAAUCGUCGGCGUCCCCUUUUAUCUGCGGAUCGCCGCCGAGCAGAGUGGCUAACCCCCUAACACGAGAUGCUCGUUUCGGAGACGGCAUCGAUAUUAAAACGGUGUCGUCUCGCAGCAGCUAUGGGAGCAGACCCUCCGUUAGGAUCGAAGGGUUCGAUUGCCUCGACAGGGACAGCAGGAACUGCAGUGUCCCCGCCUUGGCUUAAGGCAGUUGACAUAGCCUGAGUGAGCGAGGUCUCGUUGAGGAAUUUCAGAGUGUAAAUAUGUUAUUUUUUACGGGCGGUAAGUUUUUUUUAAGGAAAUGGAAUUUUGUCGAAGUGAGAAAUAAAAAAAAAAGGUCGGUUAGAUUUAGAUCCAAUAUUCUAUUAGGUGGGUUUUGGUGAUCGAGAGAUCUUUUGUAUGAUAUUUUGUAAGUAAAAAAAAAAACAAGUGUUUGGUCGAAUGAGAGCUAAUACUUUUGUUACAUAUAUUUUUUUGUUAUUUUAUGGUAAUAAUAUGUAUCCAAAAGAAUAUGUUACAAGUGUUU